AAAUUGGAAAACCAAAUAUUUUCGAGUAACGCCCGAUAGACGUCGUAUUGUAAAAAAAUAAAAAAAUUUGGUGUACGUGAGCAAAACUAUAUUGAAUGUCAAUUAAUUUACUAGCGCUGUGUUUUGUUCAUGUAGGAAACAAAUGUUUCCAAUUUCUACUAUUCGCCACAAAACUAUCAAGUAAAAAAUUAGUUUGAAAAGUUUUUAUAUUUUAAAUACUGUAAAUUUCUUAAAUUUUAAAAUAUAUAUUUAUAUAAAUUGAUAAAAGCUAAUAAAAAAUAGAUUUGCAACUAAAAACAGCAAUAUGCUUGAUGUAGAAAACUUACCGCAAUUGCCCAUUGUGGUUCGAGCAAAGCCAAAAAAGAUUUUCAAUCCUAAAUUUAAAAUUAGUAAAAUUCCUCAAGAGCUUUUAGAAAAUGUGGAAUUAAACAACGCUAUAAGUUGCCUUCCAGCUAAUUACAAUUUUGAGAUUCACAAAACUAUUUGGAGAGUUAAGGAGUUGAAUGCAAAACGCGUUGCUUUACAAAUGCCAGAAGGGUUGCUAAUGUAUUCGUUGACAAUUGCUGAUAUAAUCGAACAUUUUACGGAUGCUGAUACGGUAAUUAUGGGCGAUGUUACUUAUGGGGCUUGCUGUGUUGAUGAUUUUUCUGCCAAAGCUUUGAGAGUUGAUUUAUUGGUACAUUAUGGUCAUAGUUGUCUAAUUCCCAUAGAUCAAACGGAGUUUUUAAAAGUUUUAUAUGUAUUUGUGGACAUAAAAAUAGAUCCACUACAUUUUCGGGAAACUGUAAAGUUAAACUUUAAAACGAAAAAAGGUGCUAUAGCACUGGUUAGUACAAUUCAGUUUGUAACUACUUUGCAAGCAGUAGCUUCCGAUUUAAGAAAUUUAGGGUAUGAGAUAAUAGUACCACAAUCAAAACCAUUGAGUCCUGGAGAAAUUUUGGGGUGUACUGCGCCAAGUCUUCCUGACAUCGUUAAAACAAUAAUAUAUGUCGGAGAUGGAAGAUUUCAUUUAGAAGCCAUUAUGAUUGCUAAUCCGAAAAUUAAGGCAUAUAAGUACGAUCCAUAUGAAAAAAAAAUUACCAUUGAGAAGUAUAAUCAUAAGAAAAUGCAGUGUAUAAGACAUGAGCAGAUUAAACAAUCAAAAACUGCUAGGAUAAUUGGGAUAAUUUUGGGAACAUUAGGCCGACAAGGAUCUACUAAGGUGUUGCAAAUUUUAGAAAAACGAAUCCGAUUAAAGGGUUAUGAAACCAUAGUCAUAUUAUUGUCGGAAAUAUUUCCAUCAAAACUCAGCCUGUUGAAAAAUAUUGACGCGUUUGUACAAAUAGCUUGUCCACGAUUAAGUAUUGAUUGGGGUAACGCCUUUAAAAAGCCAUUAUUGAAUCCAUAUGAGCUUUCAGUAAUGUUAAAUGAUGUUGAAUGGACACCUAAUAGUCUAGAUCCUAAUAAUGCAUAUCCAAUGGAUUUUUAUGCAUUUAAUAGUUUAGGACCUUGGACACCCAGCUUUAAACCACCUGCAGCUGGGGAUUGUGAUAAUAAACCUAAAGCUGGCUGUUGUGGGCGUUGUGUACGAGCUGAAUGGGUAAAGGAUGAGAAGGAGAACGUAGAUAUAUUGGAUAUGAAAAAACUUUGACAUAAAGUUAAUUUAUUGUUAAACCAAAUUAGAUGUAAAUAAAAAGUGUUAGU